UAUUGUUAAAUGGCUGAAACGUAGAAGCGAACAGCUUAAGAAGAAACACUGGAAAAAGGACCGUUUGGAUUGUUAACAAUUACUGUGAGUCAUAAUACUCAAGUUUUGAUAGAGCUAAGAAAUAAUAGAAAGCUUUUAGGAAGAGUUAAAGCCUUUGAUAGACAUAUGAAUAUGGUAUUUUUAUUUUAUAUAAUUAAUUAAGAUUCUUGAGAAUGUAACUGAAAUGUGGACAGAGAUACCAAAAGGAAAUAAAGGGAAAAAAGCUCAUGCAACGAAUAAAGAAAGAUUUAUUCCAAAAAUGUUUUUAAGAGGAGAUUCUGUAAUAUAUAUAUUGAGAAAUCCAAAGUGAUAUUAUUGAAAAUUAUCAAUAAACUCUAUGAGAUAAUAUUAG